GUAUCAAUAUUAUUUUAUGAUCAUGGAGUUUCAUAGCCCUUCAGCUAUCCUCUUCACUUUCUUGUGCUUCAUCCUUUUGAUUCACAAGCUAUCAAAUUCCAGAAAAUGUAGAAACUUACCUCCAGGCCCACCGAAAUUACCUAUCAUAGGAAACCUUCACCAACUUCUAGUUUCAAUACCUACUCGAUCUUUGAGAGACCUUUCAAAAAAGUAUGGACCUUUGAUGUAUCUUCAACUUGGGCAGCUUCCGUUCAUGAUUGUGUCUUCCCCUGAAAUAGCCAAGGAGGUUAUGAAGACACAUGACCAAAUCUUCGCUAAUAGACCCAAAACUCUUGCCACUGAUAUCUUUGCUUACAAUGGCUCCGAUAUUGUUUUCUCCCCGUAUGGAAACUAUUGGAGGCAGCUCCGAAAGAUUUGCACUUUGGAGCUUUUGUCUGCAAAGAGGGUCCAAACUUUCAAGAAUAUAAGGGAAGAGGAGGUUUCAAUGCUCAUGAAGGACAUCCGUGAAUAUGCAGGUUCUGUCAUGAACCUUAGUAAGAAAAUCUUCCCUCUCACAAAUUCCAUAGUUGCUAGAGCAGCAUUUGGUAAGAAGACCAAGAACGUAGAAGCCAUUCUACCUACUAUUGAGCAUACAAUUCAGCUAAUCUCGGGUUUAAAUGUUAUUGAUUUCUAUCCUUCUCUCGGAUUCCUCAGUGUGAUAACUGGGAUCAAAGCUACAAUGAUUAGGCUACAAGCCGAGACUGAUAGGAUCUUUCAAAAUAUUAUCACUGAUCAUGAAGAAAAGAACCUUGGCAACCAUGCUGGUGAGGAUGAAGAUCUAGUUGAUGUUCUUCUUAGGAUUCAAAAGGAGAAUGACCUCGAGAUCCCCUUAUCUUACGACAACAUUAAAGGCGUUAUUAAGGACAUUUUCGUAGGUGGAACUGAAACAGCAGCAACAACAAUAGAGUGGACUAUGACGGAGUUACUUAGAAACCCAGUGGCAAUGAAAAGGGCACAAGAAGAGGUUAGAAGAGUUUUCAAAAGCAAAGGAUGCGUGGAUGAAUCAGAAAUUUCUCAGUUGAAAUAUGUUGCUGCUGUCAUCAAAGAAGUCUUAAGGCUGCAUCCUGCUGUGCCAUUGUUGGUUCCAAGAGAAAAUAGAGAGAGAUGUAAAAUCAAUGGAUAUGAGAUACCUGCAAAAACUAGAAUUAUUGUUAAUGCUUGGGCAAUCGGAAGAGAUCCUAAAUAUUGGGAUGAACCAGAAAAAUUUAUUCCUGAGAGAUUCCUUGAUACCACAGUUAAUUACAGUUUCACAGGCUCAAACUUUGAGUUUAUCCCAUUUGGUGCUGGAAGGAGAAUAUGCCCUGGAAUUGCAUUUGCCACACCAGUUGUGGAAUUAAUUAUUUCCAAUAUGCUUUAUCAUUUUGAUUGGCAACUUCCAAAUGGAAUGAAGGCAGCAGAACUGGAUGUGGAAGAGUCUUUUGGUGCUACAAUGAGAAGAAAGAAUGACCUAUGUGUCAUUCCUUUUAAGUAUAGCCCUUAAUUAGGGAUAUAUACUAAUUAUCACCUAAAUAAAUGAUGCUUGGGGGACAGUUUAAGUAUUAUAUCUAUACUGCAGAAGCAAUGUUAAGCGUUAUCUGGGGGAUAUAUAACAUGUUAUGUAA